AUGCAACCACAAUCACAGUUGGGCCAUUCAACUGCACCUCCUCUCCCGGCCCAUUUGAGCCCAAACCCAUCACAAGUAAGGCCCAAAACCCAAUCUUCCGGCCCAGAAGAUGGUGCAAGAACAAGAAGAUUGGUUGAUUCUGCUGGUAGUAGUAGUAGUAGUGUGAAUUAUGAGAAGAAAGAAGGGUAUGCUUGUAAUGUUAGAAGUUCAUUUGGAGGAGAGAGAAAAUUUCAGAAGCAAAUUUUCAUGAAUGUGAAGCCUAAUGGAACUAAGACUACUGCUAUGAUUAGGAACAUCCCUAAUCAAUAUACACGUGAUAUGUUGAUCAAGUUUUUAGAUGAAUUCUGCCAAAGAGAGAACCAAAAUAUGGAGCCAAAUGAUGAUCACCAACCAUUUGCAUUUGAUUUCGUCUACUUGCCUAUGGAUUUCAAGAGAGAUGCUAACAAAGGGUAUGCCUUUGUCAAUUUCACCCAUCCAAUCGCGGUGUGGAAGCUUCAUCUUGCUUGUAGUAAUCAACGUUGGGAGCAUUGCAAGUCUCCUAAGAUCUGCAGAAUCAAUUAUGCUUCUAUUCAGGGAUAUGAGAAACUAGUAGAGCACUUUGGUAGGAGCAGGUUUGUAUGUAACCAUGAAGACUAUCUGCCACUUUGCUUCAACCCUCCGAGAGAUGGUAGUGGUGAUUCAGUGGCCGAAACUACAAUCGGAAAACGCUUCUCCUCAUCCUCCUAUUUGGCCAGGAACUCAUCGAACCCAAUUCGGUCAGAAACUGAUCGUUCGAUGAAUUAG